CUAACACUGGCGGAGGACUGAAUGGUGCUCAAAGUGUUUAUUCAAUCAAUAGAAGACGGCAUGCUGCUGUUCUCCCUCGUCUCCAUAUCCCUGAUACGCAGCCCCCAUCUCCAUCCGACUGUGAUCCAACGUCUCAAAGCGAAACGCCUCACCUUGACCUCAAAAAACAAGAAAGCAACCCAAGCUCCAUCACACCUCCUAAAUUGCAGCCUCGUCCUCCUGUUCCUCUCCUUGCUUCUCCUCAACCUGAGCAAAAUGAAGUUCCUGAAAGGGAAACUAUAUAUCAACCUGUUCCCCAGGAGCCUGACUGGGAUCUUAACUCCGUGCAUUCUGGAUUAUCACAUUCAGCAUCACCUACUGCUCAUUCUCUGGGGUCUCUUUCACAUUUAAGCCGGCCAUCUUCCAGUUUGUUCAGUCGGAGCACUGACUUCGCCAGUUGCAGGAGCAGCAUCCUCAGUGAUCACACUGCUGCUGAUUCUUCUCCUGAGAGGAGCAUUGGUUCCUUGCAGUCUGCACUUUCUCCAGCGAUGCAGCCGCCACUCCUCUCUUUUACACCAACAAAAUCAUUAGAGGAACAAAUGUUGAAGAGCAGCACCUGUGAAUCCGCACCUUCACUCCCUGAGCGAUUUUCUGAUGAAAUCCUCCAAAGAUGCUCAUCUUCUCUGACACCAGAAGCUGAACCUAAAUCAGAUAAGCCCAAAAGCAGCAAGAUGGUGGCAAAAAGUAUAGGAAGUGCCAAAGUAGACACGUCCAGAGAGCAUGUCACCGAUUUGGCCCUGUCUGCUGAUGAAGAGUUGGAUGAGCGUGGGUUUACAUGUCGAAGCCCACUCAGGACCAUUCCACAUUCAGGAUCUGGAGUAAAGCUAACAUCUCCUCCCCUAUCUAGGCUGGAUUCACACCGCUGGCCUGUGCUGCCUCCCAUCUCCCCCAACAGAGGUUUCUCAGCAGCAUCAGGCUGCUCUGAGGUCAGCUGCACUCAGUCUCAGCUGUUUGAUGACUUGGAGGUCAUCGCUCCUCUUUCAGCCUCCAGUUUGUCUUUGGAUCGACCGUCAGACUCAUUAGAUUCACCCCACUCACCUCUCACAGUUUUAAAUGAGUGCUGGUGCUUCAUUCGGCUGCAGAAAAUGAUAUCAGCCAAUGAAGACUUCCUCCACCUCCCUCAGAGCCUGCUAAUCCCUGACAAGGUGUUUAACCUGCUUGCUUGA